AUGGAUCUAGAAAGAACCUUCAAGGUUAGUAGAUGCUCGGAAAAGCAGAAGGUUCAGUACGCAGGUCACAUGCUCCAAGGAAAAGCUGAAAUUUGGAGACACACCAAACGACAACUUUUGGCCCAAGAAUUCGGAAAUCUGACUACACUUAAUUGGGAUCGAUUCAAGACGGAGUUCGAUAAUCGUUUCUUUCUAGAAACGGCUAUACAACAAAAAGCUUUGGAGUUUGCAAGCUUGUCCCAAGGGAAUAUGAUUGUCGAUCAGUAUACUGCUCGUUUUAUGGAAAUGGGGAGGUUCGCGCCUCAUUUGAUUAGUAUCGAGAAGAUGCAAGCAAGGAAGUUCCAGGAUGCUUCUAUAGCAGAGGCAGAGCAACGGAGACUAAUCGUACAGGCUCAAGUGGAUAGGAAAAGAGGAUUUCCUUACUCAUCAGGAAGUAGUACGUGGAAGCGAAAGGCCCCUGUAACUCGAGGCAAAGGAAAGGGAAUGGUAGUCAGGAAGUCAACACCCAUCACUCCACCACCUUGUCGCCAAUGCGGGAAGAGGCAUAGUGGAGAAUGUCGUAGGGCCUCAGGAGAGUGUUUCAGAUGUGGUCAAACUGGCCAUAUGAUCUGGGAUUGUCCGCUGAUUACGCCUGGAGGAAUGUCAAUGCCAAACGCUAAACCCAAGACUGCAACAAAAGCCAAGAUUUAUGCCAUUACGCCAGGAGAGGUAGAGCACGAAGCUGAUGAGACGGCAAAUGCAAGAGUGAUUACUCUUAACAUUUCCAACUUUGCCUUAAUUCAUAGAUAG